AACAGUGUGCAGUCGGGGGUUUUCACGAGUCGGACGAUGAACUAAGAAUCACGGUUCAAGUGUAGUUUCCUUGAUUUUCGAGUUUAAUCCCCCCAAAAGAUGCUCCCAGCGGGUUGCCCAGUGUAAAGUGAUGCAUAAAUUUCUCGCAAACGGUCGGUUAUGGGGCGAACUAGUACGCAACGCCGGUUCCAACCGACCUCCGUUUGCCUUUUGCACUCGGCUGCACGGCAAUGGCAACCCCUCUGCGGUUCAUGUGUCCUCCAUCAACAUCAGGAACCUGCACCGGGGAAGUAAUGACGAUUCGUCGCAGUAUAACGGCGGUGGGUCACCUAAAGUUGCUACGAUGCAACGGCCGGUUGCGGUACCGCUUGCCGUUCCACUGCCCGGCGUAUCCUCGGGAGUGGACGCAAAGGCGCUUGUUGGGGAAAUUAGCAAAUCAGUCGGACUAGCAGCCGGAAGCAUAGCAAAAAUCAAUCCGGUUCCUUUGAUUGGCGAUGAAUCGAAGGAGCCGGUGGUUGCCUCGGUGACCUCGCUGCCCGGAUUCAAACGCUUGAUACACCACUACCUGAUGCUGUCGAAGAUUCGUCUAACGUCCCUCGUGGUCUUAACAACAAUGGCCGGAUAUGCGAUGGCUCCGGGAUCAUUCGAGUUGGGGACAUUCUUGCUUUGCUCUGUCGGAACAACGCUCGUCUCGGGUGCAGCCAAUUCGAUCAACCAGGUCAUUGAAACAUCAUUCGAUGCACAAAUGGCCCGAACGCGGAACCGUGUGCUUGUGAAGGGAUAUUUAUCUCGAUUGCAUGCGGUGGGCUUUGCCCUUGGUGCCAGUACGGUCGGGUGCAGCAUGCUGUACUUCGGUGUAAAUGAAAUGACGGCACUCCUGGGCGCUGCCAAUUUGAUUCUUUAUACCAGCAUCUAUACGCCGAUGAAACGAUACAGUAUUCUGAACACGUGGGUAGGGUCGGUUGUCGGUGCGAUACCUCCCCUGAUGGGAUGGGCGGCUUGCACGGGUGGAGACCUCGGAGCUGGCGCAUGGAUUCUUGCCGGUUUGCUCUACUGCUGGCAGUUUCCUCACUUCAAUGCUCUGUCCUGGAACAUUCGACCAGAGUACUUGAAGGCCGGGUACAAAAUGAUGGCCAACUCGCAUCCGGCUCUUUGCACUCGUGUGUCCCUUCGGCAUACCGGAUUCAUCGCGGGCCUAUCGUGCCUAGCUCCCGUGCUAGACGUGACGAACGUUUGGUUUGCCCUGGAGACACUGCCAUUGAACGCGUACUUCGCUUAUCUGGCUUGGGAUUUCCAUCAGAAGGCCGACAGUAAAAGUUCCCGUAAGCUGUUCCGCUUUUCGCUACUACAUUUACCCCUGCUGAUGGGUUUGUUCCUACUGAACAAAAAGAACUGGCUAUUCGGCGAGGAUAAGAGUGAACAGAUUGAGCUAACCAGCGCAGGAGCAAACGCAAGCAUCAGCGAAGUGUUUGUGAGCGGCCGGGAAGCGAAGGAAAAUGAGGGCCAGUACCUUGUACCAAAUAUCGUAGCUGAAAUUGGGGCUUCACCUGCCCCGGGUAGCAUUAAAGCGAUUGAAGAUAAUCUUCUAUCGAACGUGGCCACGGUUCUACCAACGGCAAGUAAACAAAAGUUAUGAAGUGGGUUUACGUUACGUAACGGCAAGGUAUCUGUACAAACAAAAUAGAUCGAUAAAGUGAUAUAGAAGGAUGUUAAAUAAAUUAAGU